AAUGUAACACCAACAGCAGAAGAAGAAAAACCCAGGCCUCCAACCGUCCAGGAGAUCAAACAGAAAAUAGAAAAAUACAAUGCAAAAGUCACCAACUGCCUGUUGAUGAAGCUGAACGACGAUGGGACGUACACAGGCUUCAUCAAAGUGCAUUUGAAACUGCGCCGCCCCGUGACGGUCCCGGCGGGGAUCCGGCCGCAGUCCAUCUACGAUGCCCUCAAGGAGGUGAACCUGGCCGAUAUGACGGACAAGAGAACCUCGUUCUACCUGCCGCUGGAUGCCAUCAAGCAGCUCCACAUCAGCAGCACGACCACGGUGAGCGAGGUGAUCCAGGGGCUCCUGAAGAAAUUCAUGGUGGUGGAUAAUCCCCAGAAGUUUGCACUUUUCAAGGAGAUGCGGAAAGAUGGGCAAGUGCUCUUCCAGAAGCUCCCUCUCACCGAGUACCCCCUGUACCUCCGGCUGCUGGCGGGCCCCGACACAGAUGUGCUCAGUUUCGUGCUGAAGGAAAACGAAACGGGGGAAGUUGAGUGGGAUGCAUUCUCCAUCCCAGAGCUACAGAACUUCUUGAUGAUACUGGACAAAGAAGAAAAGGACAAAGUCCAGCAAGUGCAAAGGAAGUACGAGAAGUUUAAGCAGAGACUGCAGCAGACCUUGAAAGAGGCCAGAGGCAAGCCUGGAUAG